GAAUUGACUGAGAGUGAUAUAGAUGAUAUACGUGCAUUUGCGCUCAAAUACUUUGGCGAGAUGCCCCGACGCCUAUUUCAGCAGAUGCGAAAUAUCUUUCAUCACAAGAUGGACAUUAACUCAGAAUAUGUCAUUCUGCAUCGUAUAGCCAUCCUCAGCCAGAUUGAGCCGAAGUGGUACGAUUGCUGUUCAAACUCGUGCCUUUGCUUUGUUGGAGAGUGGGCAAAGUUGACGACUUGUCCCUACUGCCAAUCACCACGCUAUGAUGCUUCACAGAGACCUGCAUCCCAGUUUUGCUAUAUUCCUAUCAUCCCUCGACUGCAGGCACUCUUCAGUCGUCCGCACAUGGCUGAUCUUAUGCUUUAUCGUGAUCGCUUUGAGCCAACUCCUAAUGGUGGCACACGAGACUAUUUUGAUGGUGAUGGCUAUUCUAAGCUACGAGAUGCCUACGUUGUAAUUGAUGGCAUAGAGCAGCCAUACAAGUAUUUCAACCAACCUACUGAUAUUGCAUUUUGUGUCAGUGGGGACGGUUUCCGCUUGUUUAACAAUUGGAAGAAA